CUACAGACACACACCCGCGAUCGCCUGUACUCGAUGCGACAGAUCAUGUUUGCGGGCAACGUCUCAACACACUUAAAUGCGCAACUGCAAUUGUUCGGUUAUAUUUUGUAAGCUCCUGCUGUUGCUGCUCUUUGUGCGAUUGGAAACGAAUUUGCGCGCCGAAAGCAAAAUAUUGAAGCGUACGAAACGCCUGACUUCACCCGUCUUGGACAAUCGGACACAUGCCGCGGCCAAAUAUGUUGUCUCCAUACGUUCGCGUACGCCACAGAUUCGAUUCGGGGACAAUCAUUUCUGCGUUGGCACUAUAAUAGCACCGCGGUACGUCCUAACCGCUGCUACCUGUACAAUGAGCACUUUUAUGGUACCGCACCAGCUCCGAGCUAUUGUCGUAGUCGGCGGUACGCCAAAUCGUCUGAUUCGUGUCGCCCAUACAGUCGUGAGGAACGUUCAAGAAAUUACCGUAUCUAAAAAUUUCACAGAGAAUUUCAAGCAUAAUAUUGCGCUUUUGAAGCUGACGAAAUCAUGGCCAACCGAUAAUCCCAACAUCGAUAUCGUACAACUGCCCCAAUCAGCUCCCAAUUAUAGUGUUGAGCAUAUGGUCUUUGGCUGGGGUCGCAUGUAUAAGGGUGGUCCAUUAUCUGGUAAUUUACUGCAUAUAUCUGUUACGCUACUGGAUCAUGAGGCGUGUGAGAAAUUACUCGAAAUUGUGCAUCCCGAGACAAUCUGCGCUGGCAGAUUCGAACUGGGCGCCGACGAGAGUCCAUGUGCGGGCGAUACGGGCGCACCACUGAUGGCUAACAAUACAUUGGUGGGCAUCGUAUCGCAGCGUCUGGGCUGCGGCGCAAGGGCAGUGCCAUCGCUCUACACGGAUGUUUGGUAUCACAUUGACUUUAUCAACGAUACGCUACACAACGCGUCAUCUAGGCCAACUGCAAAUCAUACCACUUAUAUUCUACUCCUGUGGCUCUCAGGCAUUGCGCUGAGACGUAAAUAUACUCAUUGACAAGUAU